CGCAGAUUGACGCUGGAGCAGCAGACAGCGGAGGUGUACAAGGCGAUCGAAGACAAGAUGGCGACGGCUGCCGACAAGCGCGACGAGAACAUCAAGAAGAUGCUCGAGCGUCUGCGGGAACAUGAGGAGCAAGUGCGCAAGGUGCGCGCGGGCAACCAGGAGCGGUUCACGGCACUGGAGAGCGCCAUCCAGGAGAAGCUGCAGCAGGCCGCCGGCCGCCGCCUGCUGCUCGAGGCCGAGCAGAAGGAGAAGCUCCGCAACUACAACUCUAAGCUCAUGGAGGUGCGGUCUGCGGCGACGGCCAAGGUGGAAGAAAUCACGAAGGAAAUUGAGACCAAGCUGACGGCUGCUGAGAUUAACCGCGAGAAAGAAAUGCAAAGGAAACUCGACUUUGUCAAGAAGGAGGUUGGUGGAUAGGCUUUUCAGUAUCGG